CCCGCUUCCCCCAGAGCACAACGCGAUGGCGAUGCAAGAAGAAUUGUCGCCUCUACUGCCGCUCAAGCGCGCUCCUCCCGCGGUGGACGACACGGCGGACAUGCAAGCCAUCAUUCGAGACGAGGUCCCCGCGAUGUACCGCCUCGCGUACCCAGUGGUCCUCACGUACGUGCUGGAGCUAACGCCUGGCCUCGUGAGCCUCGUCCUCGUGGGCCAAAUGGCGGCGGAAGAUACGAAACGCUUUGUCGACGCUGCCGCGUUGAGUGUCAUGUACCUCAACUUGACGGCGCUGUCGGUCGGCAUUGGCCUUGCCACGGCCAUGGACACACUGUGCGCGCAGGCGUAUGGUGCCGGGAACCUUCGACACAUUGGCUUGUAUCUCCAGACGGGGACAGUCGUGCUCGGCGCGGCGUUUGUCCCGAUAUUCCUGGCAAACUUUUACAGUGCCGACAUUUUGGUCUACUUGAACCAACCCGAAGACGUGGCGGCGCUCAGUGGGUCGUUCUCGCGGAUCCUGGCGUUUGGCUUGCCGUUUUUGUACGCGUACGAGCUGCUGAAGAAGGUUUUGCAAGCCCAGAACAUUGCGCUGCCGAUGCUGUACAGCGCCAUCCUGUGCAACAUGGUGAACGUCGUGAUGGGGUACUUGCUGGUGAACCACACGCCGUGCGGGUACCUGGGCGCGGCAAUCAGUCGAACGCUGGGUAACAUGGCGCUCCCGUUGUCGCUGCUGCCGUAUUUUUUGCAAAAGAAUCGACUGGCGUUCUGGCCGGGGUGGCAGCUGCGCGCGGCAGUCCAAGGCGUCCCCGAGUUUAUCUAUUUCGGCCUGGCGGGAAUGCUCAUGAUGGUGUUUGAGUGGUGGAGCUACGAGAUCAUCGCGCUCCUGGCAGGCCUGCUCCCGAACGCGAUUGUCGCGAUCGGGGCGAACGCUGUCCUGGUCAACAUCACGGCGACGGUGUACAUGUUUUACCUCGGGAUUGCGGUCGCCGGCAACAUUCGUGUCGGGAAUGCGCUCGGGUCGAACCGGCCGAAGCGGGCCAAGAUAGCUGCGUUGGUCGCGACGGUGCUCGCUGGCGGCGUCUCGCUUGUGACUGGCAUUUGCGUGUUUGCAUUUCGAUUCAUGUACCCCCGCGUGUUUACGCAGGACACGGCCAUGAUUGAGCUCGCGGCGCAAGUGGCCGUCAUCGUGGCCGGGUUUCAGUUUGUCGAUGGCGUGAAUGCCGCGAUCCAAGGCACGUUGCGUGGGUGUGGGCUGCAAGCGUACGGAGCUGCCAUCAACUUCGUGUCGUACAUUUUGUUUGGGCUCCCGGUCGGCUACGUGUUUGAGUUUCCGUUUGGGUGGGGCCUCCCAGGCCUGUGGAUUGGCAUGACGCUCGGAUACACGUUUGCCGGGGUCUGCGGCGCGUACGUGCUGUCGACGCGCAGUUGGCAGGCGCUAGCAGACGCCGCGCAAGCGCGCGCCAACUCGAAGUGCGCGUAACGAUCGAGAAUGGUAUUGCAACGAUGGUUUUGAAUGCGGAUGGCACGCCUUCGAAGGACACGUUUGUUUUGUGCU